AUGCGUGUGUCGCAAGCUCCCCUGAGCUCGACGCUCGCCCUCUUGCUCGGUGCAAGCUUCACACACGCUCAAUACCUCAUCAACGAGCUCAGCUUCGGUUACUCUGGCAGCAUAUCACCAAACAAUGACGGCCACGUCCCCAACUUUGUCCUCCAGGGACAACCGAACCAACCCGAGAUCCUAUCCAACAAGAUCAUCCUGACACCCGUGGCGCCCGGCAACCAGCGCGGCUCCAUCUGGAGCACCCAGAAGGUGAUGCACCAGAACUUCAUCGCCGACAUUGACUUCCGAGCCAACGGCCCCGAGCGCGCUGGCGGCAACCUCAACAUCUGGCUCACCAACGGCGGCUCUGCCGACGUCGGCAUGAGCUCCGCAUACACGGCCGGACGCUUCGACGGUCUCGUCCUCGUCGUCGACGGCUACGGCGGCACCGGCGGUAUGGUGCGCGGCUUCCUCAACGACCGGUCCACCGACUACAAGGCCCAGAGCGACAUUAGCCCCCUUGCCUUUGGCCACUGCCAGUACCACUACCGCAACCUCGGCCGUCCUAGCCAGAUCAAGCUGCGCCAGACCGACCGUGCCUUCAAGGUCGAGAUUGACGGCCGCCUGUGCUUUGAGAGCGACAAGGUCAAGAUCCCCACCGGCUACACCUUUGGUCUGACGGCCGCGAGCGCCGACAACCCAGACUCGUUUGAGAUUUUUAAAAUGGUCGUCAUGUCCGAUAGCCUCCACGCCGGGGAGCAGCAGCAGCAGCAGCAGAACCAGGGGCAGCAGCAACAGCAACAACAACAGCAGCAGCAGCAGCAGCAGCAGCAGCAGCAACAGCAGGCACACGAGCAAAAGGCCAACCACGGCCAGCCCAGCAACCCGCGCAGCGGUAACGACGAGCCCGUUGACCUCAACGCCAUCCCCGACUCCAGCGCCGACACAAUCACCUCGUCCAAGGCGCAGUUCGCCGACCUGCACAACCGCCUGCAGUCCGUCAACCACAUCCUCGGCACAAUCUUUAGCGCCGUCAACAAGUUUGGGCAGCAGGCCGAGAACCGCCACGCCGAGACGUCGCAGCUGCUCGACUCGCUCCGCACCGAGCUGCGCAAGCUCGAAAAGAUCAACGACCUCGAGGGCCGCAUCAACGGCCUCGAGCGCGAGAUCCGCGCCAUGCGCACCGACCUGAACCUCCAGAUGAAGAACACGGAGCACUCCCUCAAGGGCUACAUGGAGGGCCACCACGCCACCCUCUCGUCCAACAUUGUCAAGGCCGCCCCCGGUCACGGCAAGCUGAUUGCCGUCAUUGUCGGAUCCCAGGUCGUCCUCGCCGUCGGGUACCUGCUGUACAAGAGGAGAAAGAACUCGAUGCCCAAGAAGUACCUGUAA